AUGUUGGAGCUUUCCACAUCGGCCGGCGGGCGGAAAUCGAGGGGGGAGUUGGGGAUCGAAGUGCCGGGGAGGAAUUUCGGGGAAGAGCCGUCGUCGUCGGCGGUGGCGGAGUCUCAGGCGAGUCAGGGGUUCAGGUCGCCGAUGAGCCGGAUGCUUUCGUUUAAUUGUAGCAAUACUAUAAAGCACACUAAAAUGCCUCAUUCGAGUUAUCGAAUCAACUUAUUUGUAGCAAGCAUUGUCGGCUUAACUCUGGCUAUAGAAUUCAUGGGACAUUGUCGGUUUGGUCGACACUCAUUUGUGAUUGUGGAAUUUCCAUCGAGAAUUACAUGCGGCACUCGUUAUUAG